AUGUGUCGAGAACGAAAAAUUGAUAAUAAACAAGUUGAUAAUACAGCCAAUGAACAAUAUAACCAAUUGCUUGCUCAACUUCAUGACGAACUCAACGAAUUACUAUUGACCACUGCACAUCUUCAAGCUGAGAGUGCUCGAUUGGAGGAUGAAGCUCGAAAAUUAAUCAAUGAAAACAUUCAGAUUCAACUCGAAGCUCGUUUAUUGAAAGAUAAAUAUCAUUUUCGCAAGCGAUAUUCUGUAUUAAUACGAAAGAAUCGAUUCAAUUUUCGACAAUUAAAACAACAAUUGAAAUUACAACGGAAAAAUUUUUUCAAAUUCGAACGACGUUUACGUGCUAAAUAUGAACAACCAUUACAUCGCAUUGUAUCGACUCCAUCUCGAACGAAAAGCCAACGAACCUAUCGACGUAUACGAUCAAUGCCAUCUGAAUCGAAUGACUAA